GUAUCCUACUCUGUAAAUGAGGUCUUGUGCAAACAGCAUGAACACGGCAAAAUAAAUACACCCACACAGACAGCACCGACACAAGGUAUUCCUUAGAAUGGGUACACACCCACUGCCAAAUACUGAGUGGUUAGUAUCAAAGAAAAUGAAAUAUGUCAAAGAAUCCAUUACAUAUAUGAUGAAAUGUUCUUGGGUAUCCUAUACUUAUCGGCAUGGAUUUGUGACUAGAAUAUAAACAGAAUUAUGCUGUUUGUUUGUUUGCUUCCAAGAGUGACUCAUACCCACUAUGGGGGUCAAUCCGCCUUUUGCGAUGCAUUGUGGCGCCACUGUGCGGUGGCCACGAGAAACGAUUUGGCAGGCGUCGCUCUCGCCGCGACAGACAGCCGCCGCACGCGAGACACGUGUGCAAGCAAGCAGCGUGUGAGUGAAAACCGCAACAACGUGUGCGCACAGUUUGUCGCCGUCCGCUAGCCAUGGAGCCCGCUGGUGACUGCUUUGUACCUGGAGGUUUCUUCAGCGUGACGAACGGCUGGAAAAAGCGCUUCGGUAACGUCAAAAUACCCACGGAAGCGCAGCUCGAAAAACACAUGGUGUCGAGCGGAGCGCGCUUCGCGCGACAGCAAAUGAAAGGAACGAUGUUCCAAGAAGAAGGAUACGUGCGCAACGUCAUGUACAACGACGUGUCAGCAGAAUCCACGUGCGGACUUUUGCGUAGUAUCUGCCUACCGUCAAUGAAAGGCGGCUAUUACAUCGUGCACGCCGCGAUUUCCAAGGCGUCGGGCUCCAUCCUGGCUGGUCAUUGCCUCUGCCCCGCAGGCCUGAGCGGCACAUGCCAACAUUUUGUUGGGUUAAUCCUUCAUGCCAUUCACUUGGCGCAAAAGGAUGCGGCAACGUGCACGGAAGUUCCAUGUGCUUGGAUUGUUCCUGUCCAAGUCAAAAAGCAUGAGCCACCUCUGCCUCUGCAAGACAUCACUUUUCACACAAGGAAACAUGAAGGUGCGAAAAGGCGGCGGUUUGAUCCACUGCCAGGGCUCUCACCGAGUGACCCAUCUCUGCUUGCUGCCGAUCUCGAAAAGGUGGCAGCAAACUGCCUGCUUCUCCAUUAUAUGAGCAAAGAAAACUCAGGAGAAUCACUUGAUGAACACAGUCCCAGUGAAGUGGCACCAGAAGCUUCAGACACUCCACUGGUCCCAGACAUUGAAGACAUCCACAGUGAGACCUGUCAAAGACUCAUACAAGAGAGGUUUGAUGGCAAGAAAGUCCACUUCCUUGUUUAUUACUUUUUUCGCAACUUUUUGUCUUGGCACGUGUCAUUCUGAGGCUGUCUCAUUUAUAUAAGAAUGCCCACCUAUGUCUCUGGGCAUCACCUUCACAAAUAUCCCACUGAGCAGCAGAUAAUGCAGCAGUCACUUUUAGACUUAGUGUCUUGUCAUUUCUUAACUUUUACAGGGCUGUCGCAUAACUCGAUGUGUGUGAGCACCCACAGGGUCCUCAAACAUAUCUGCUUCAUCUAUGGCAUGUUUGUGAAGCACUGUGUGAAUGUAUAAUGGAUGUUCCUUUAGCAUGAGUCCAUCACCUGGAUUCAUGCAUGGCAUUUGUCAUAUAUAUAUGUUGACUGUGUUUUAGCAGAGCAUGGAAUUGAAAGCAUGCACAUUUGUCUUGCUCUUCUUGUUUUUAGGCAUGUUUAAAUACUUGCAAUACUGAACCAACUCUACGAUUUAGCUAUGUUGACCAGCAUAAUUAGCGAAAAAAAAAAUAAAACAUAAUGAGCACAUGCAAGUUACAAGCUGCAGAAAAAUUCUUAUGUCACUGUGAAAGUAAGCUGUACAAUUUUGUAGGAGAUUAGUAUCUACCUACAUUUUAAUCGUUGCAAUAUGCAGUUGUGUCAUUUGACACAACCUAAGUACUUUCGCCUCUUUGAGUAGGCCUGUAGGGGUUUCUUUGUAGGAGUAAAUAAAAGCUAACCUAAUGGUAUUAAGUUUCUGACAAGUGAUUCAACAUAAAAGAAAGUAAGGCGUGCAAACACCAACAAGAGAACUAGACAACAUGGCAUUUACUUAGUUUGGUUCUCUUGUAUCCAUGUUUGCAUGCGUUACUUUCUUUUAGUGCGAUUCGCUACCAACUAGCUGAACUUUCUCUCAUUUUAAGCUUCAUUUCUAGUACACUUAGCUCCUAUCUGCAGUGUUUGUGUUGUCUGGUUCUCUUGUGUCCAUGUUUGCACCCCUUACUUCCUUCCACGAUGAAUCCCCACCAAAUAGCUCAACAUUGCCAUGACAAGUGAUGCUUUGUUGACGUCAUGCUACUUCUCAUUGCUUUAAUACAAUGUAAUGCUUGCUGUACGACUUGUAAAACGGAUUCUAAACCUAUAAAUUAACAAUACUGUUUUUUUUGCAGCUAUACAGGCCCUCUCGGUGGACAGCAGAGCAGUUCUCGAGUCAACGAUUGGACAGGCCGCAAAUCCAACCUGGCACAUGGAGCGGAUUGGUCGGCUAACUGCCUCAAUGUUUAAAAGAAUUGUGUGGUGUUUGUGUAGCUCUGCGAACAUUAGUUGCAUGUUUUGUGCUAACUGUUGCAGCGUUAACGAAUGAGUGCUGGAGGCGGUACUUUGUUGCAGUGAUGUUUGUGGUGGUGAUUUGGAAGUGUGGUCCGCAAUUUGUAUGGGUUGCUGUGAUGUGCUGUUGUUUGCCGUGCGCUUAAAAGCUUCAAACUCGGCUCGUAGCUCGGCUAAACUGUUUCGAAGUAUUUUGUUUUCUAUGGCAAAAUGAAAAGAAAUAGCAUGGCCUAAGCAAAUUGUGUAGCAUUGGUGAUAACUAUAGCCGUUACGUCUAUAGACAUAACAAAAUAAAUGUGCAGUGUACAUGGAAGAUAACUGAAAAAGCAGUAUCAUUUAUUUAGAGAUGGAAAAUACAAAUUUCCUCAGAAGGUAGCACAGUAGACAGCGUCGUCGUAAGUACACGUGAUAUAGUAUGAGAGUACACUGUUGUUACACAGUCUGGUCUCUUCUGGUCAUAAGCAUGGUAAAGGAGGCUCAUUUGAAGUAGAGAUGUGCGAGCUGGCUACUUGUUCUCAUUAUUGAUUGAAAUGAUUGGCUGUAGAAAAUUGCACAAAAAGGCGCAAGUCCUAAAAAUGCUGUCAAUAAUGUCGAGCAUGUUGAUUGGCAGUGGUUUGUCUAAAAAAUGAAAUUCUUUGAUACGUCUUAUGACUCGCUCAACAUGGAUCCUAGCGCCAGCUAUUUUUCGGGUGGCAAUCACGUCACUAGCUGACAAUUGGUUCCCCAUUUUAAAUGGUGGCAUGUGGAUUUGAAUAGAUGGUGGAAAAACGCCCUCCAACCUAAAGCCUUUGUCGACCAUCACACCGUCCCCCGCAUCUAAUAAACCCAGUAGGCCCGAUUUUUCGACAACUUCGCUAUCACUAACAUGCCCACCCCACAAAUCUGGCACAAAUGAAACGUAGCCAUCUGGUGUUACCCCAACAAGUGCUUUGAACGUGUUAUAAUGCUUGUACGAGGAGAAAGUAUGCCUCUGUGCCUGUAGUUUUGAAGGUCUUUGGAUUCUCACCUCUGUGCAAUCAAGGAUGACUCUAGUGUUUGAGAAGUCACUGAAUGCCAUUGGCAUGUGCCUUUUGAUCUCUGCUAAUGUGGGAAACCUUGUCAAUGCUGAGAGCUCUUUAUCGAGAAAAAUUACCCAUGUACAAAAGAUGCGACUAAGGCAUGACUGAGAAAUUCCAAAGAUUCGAGCCACUUCCUUGGCACAAACACCAGUCCUGAGCCUAUACAGCACCAUGAAAAGUUCUUCGCGCUUGGAGAGCUGUCUUUCCUUUGCUUGUGUUUUUCCUCCAUCCCAAUAAACCAUGCGUUCUGCAUUUUUUUCAAUGUG